AUGUAUUCCUCAAGAGGAAGCGGCGGCGGUUACGGUCAACAACCCUACGGUUCGCAAUCCGGUUAUCCUCAGAACAUUGGAUCUGGCUAUCCGGGAAGUUCAGUCAAUAACACAGAAGGUGGAACUUCUCAGAUUCCCUUGAGCUCUCGUCUUCCUCCUCCUUCAGGCCUUCCUCCUCAGGAGACUGACGUUGGCGGUUACAGGUCUCAGUUAUCCGCAACCAACACUCAUUACGGAACAACGCAAUACGCGUCGUUAUACGGAGGAGCAGCUUCUCUUAACAGCUCUCAGCCUUUAAACACUAAAGGAGUUGGCUCAUCGGUGUUGGAUGGACGUUCGGGUUAUGUUCCCGCUCUGCCGGAUUCGCCGAAGUAUGGUGGCUCUGGAAGCUAUUUGUCUUCCUCUGCUCAUGGUUAUGGUCAGAAGGAGGAUGAUUUGUAUGCGGAUAAGUUGUCUGGUUAUGUCCCGAGGCAGUCUAGUGCUUAUCUUGGAAGGGAGUUGCAGAGUGAUCCGGGUGCUCGGUAUGCUGAUUCGUCUAGUUUUGGUCGUCAGACUGAUUUGUAUGAUCGUAUUGAUCAAGCGUCACUUCUCCGGGGUGAACAGUUGUUGAAAAUGCAGUCGCUUCAUACCACUUCUGCUGAUGGAGGUGUCAGACAAGCUGAUUAUCUUACAGAACGAAGUUCUACUGUACGUCAUUCCGACCAAGAAGCUUUGCAUUACGGAAGAAGGCUGGAGUCUGAUCCUCAUGGAUUAUCACUACACAGCACAUCUUCUUAUGCAAGCCAACAUACCCCAUCGCUAUUAGGAGCUGCUCCUCGGCGGAAUUUAGAUGACUAUAUUUAUAUGGAGAGUUCUUCAAAUCCUGGUUAUGGUGUUAGUUUACCUCCAGGGAGGGAUUAUGGUACUGGGAAAGGCAUCCUUACUGCAGCUUCUCUGGACUUGGAGUACCCUGGUGGUAUGCUGCCUCGUGGUGGUCCUCGUGUUGAUGAUCUCCGGAAAGAUGACCGGGCGAGUUACCUUAGGGAGUUUGAGCUAAGGGAAGAAGAGCGUCGCCGUGAGAACCUGCGUGCCAGAGAUAAGGAGCGAGAACGAGAGAGGGAUCGGGAACGUGAUAGGGAACGAGAACGUGAGCGAGAAAAGCAAAGAGCUAGGGACAGGGAAAGGGAUCGCAUAGCUGAGCGACGGGAGAAGGAAAGAGAGGAUGAAAGAGAACGUGAUCGAAAACGCGCUCUCGAAAGAAAACGUGAUCGGACUCCAACAGCAAGAGCUUCGUCGAGGGACACAAAGGAGCGGACUCCAGUGCCGAAGUCUGUUUCUAGGGAUGCACGUAGUUCCUCUUUGCGGCGGGAUGCACAACAUCGUGAAGCAUCAAUUAGGCGUCCUUCACCUGUUAGGCCAAUACGGAGAGAUUAUGUCUGCAAGGUUUUAUCCUCGCGAUUGGUUGACAUGGAGAGGGAUUACGUGACACUAGAUAAACGAUAUCCAAGGCUUUUUGUGCCUUCUGAGUUUUCCAAGGUUGUGGUGAACUGGCCGAAACAAAAGCUUACACUUUCGAUGCAUACUGCUGUGAGUUUUGAGCAUGAUUACAUUGAAGAUGGUGGAGCUGAUGUGAAACAGACGCCCACAAAGUCUUCAGCUGUGAAAACUGGAGGAAAGACUGUUUGGAAUGCCAAGAUGAUUUUGAUGAGUGGCCUGAGCAGGACUGCUCUGGAAGAUCUUUCUUCAGAUAAAUUAUUUGAAGACCGUAUACCUCAUAUUUGCAACAUAUUAAAGUUUGCCGUUUUUAAAAAAGAUCAUUCGUUGAUGGCCACUGGGGGUCCUUGGGAUCCCACAGAUGGCAUGGACCCAUCAGUUGAUCAGUCUUCCUUAAUCACGACAAUGCUGAGACACACAAAGGAUAAGCUUCAUCUUGAUCUGAGCAACUGCCGUCACUGGAAUCCAUUUCUUGAGAUACAUUAUGACAGAGUUGGUGCUGAUGGAGUUUCUAUCUUCAAAGAGAUCACUGUACUCUUUGUCCCUGAUUUAUCAGAAUGUCUUCCUUCAUUUGACGCUUGGAGAACCCAAUGGCUGGCACACAGGAAAGUUCUUACUGAGAGAGAUCGACUACUUUCUCAGGAGGCUAAGAAAGAUGUCAUUGUAGGAAAGGGCAGUGAUAAUGCCGGUGAUGUAUCCAAGGAUGCGGAGAAAAAAACUCCAGGAACUAAGAAGAUGGUUAAAAAGAUUGUUAAAAGAGUUGUUAAAAGGCCUGUCAACGAUGGAAAGGCAACUGGUAAGAAAGAUGAGAAGUCGGAUGAGAAGGAUGUUCCUGAAAAGGUUAACAUUUCAGGUGAUACCCCAGGGGAGAGCUCUGAUCCUAGUGCUAAGGCUAAUGAGCAGACUCCUUCAAAGACGGUUGUAAAGAAAAAAAUUAUCAAAAGGGUGGCUAAAAAGAAGACUGCUGAAAUAGACAAUAACAUGGACAGUGACUUGAAGAACAAUGGAGACAAUGAUGAGGAAAAGGUAGUGGAAGCAGAGAAGAAAACUCCUGAUUCAGGUAGUAUGGAGAUGAAAUCUCCAACAGAGAAGAAAGAAGCGAGUGCCUCCAAAACUGUGGAAACAAAACAGAAAACCGGAUCUCCGGAUACUGAGAAAAAAGAGGGUGCUUCUAGUUCAACAAAGAAGGACAUUAAGUCAGGCGAAGAUAAGAAGGUUGAAAAGAAAAACAACCCAGUGACACAAUCUGAGGGAAAAAAGGUUGAUGAGAAAAAGGCAAAAGAAAAAACUAACGAGAAAGAUGUUAAAGAGAAAGGUGGAAAAGAUGAGUCCAGUCUACAAGUGAAGGACAAGAAAAAGUCUGACGAACCUCCUCGGCCAGGAUUUGUUCUACAAGUGAAACGGAACAAAGACUCUAAAUUGCGUUCACUUUCGGUCUCCCUGGACUCGCUCUUGGAUUACACUGACAAGGACGUUGAUGAGUCAUCAUUUGAGAUUUCAUUGUUUGCUGAAUCGCUGUUCGAGAUGCUACAGUAUCUAAUGGGUACUCGUAUCUUAGAAUUUCUCAAGAAAUUACGUGUUAAAUUUGUGAGAGAGAGAAAUCAACGGAAGAGGCGUCAGGAAGAGUUAUCUGCCAAGCAAAAGGAAGCGAAAGCACAAAAUAAGCGUCAAAAGACUGAUAAGGAAACCACGGUUACAACUGAAUCUGUUCCUGAGAAGGAUGACAAGGAAAAUUCAGCCAAGAAAACGGCAGCGGCCGCUGAAGACACUAAAAAAGUUACCAGUGAUGAAGCUGCUACAAUGGAAGUGGAUAACGAGGAUGAGGAGGAUGACGAGAUUGAUGAAGACCCAGAGGAAGACCCUGAAGAGGAUCCUGAAGAAGACCCUGAGGAAUGCGAGGAAAUGGAUGACGAAAAUCCUGAGCAAGAAGAAACUGCUGAAGAGCCGCAGAAGAACGAAGAAAACAGUGAGAAGACUAGCGGCACUGUUACUGGUCCUAAAACUGAAGUCGCAACUGAUAAAAAAGAAGAGAAAGGUUUUGUCGUGGAGAAGACUGAUUCCAAAUCUGCUGAGAUCAAACCCAAGUCAGAGUCAAGCAAGCACGGGAAGCAAGAGGAAGGAACAUCUGAUGCACCAAAAAGAGAAGAAACAGUUGAUAAAGAGUUGUUGCAGGCUUUCAGAUUCUUUGACCGUAACCAAACUGGCUAUGUUAGGGUUGAUGAUAUGAGAACAACUAUGCACAGCUUGGGAAAGUUCCUAUCUCACCGAGAAGUCAAGGAACUUGUGCUGAGUGCUUUGUUAGAGAGCAACACUGGAAGAGAUGAUCGUAUCUUAUACGAGAAGCUUGUUAGGCUGUCUUUAUAG